ACACUCACACACUGCUUGACCUUUAACACUUAUAAACCUCCAGCAAAACAUUCUUAGUUUUUACUCUCAGAGAGAGAGAGAAAGUGAGUGUGGGUAAAAUAAAGUAAAGAAAAUGGUGAGUGAGCGGAGGACAGGGGAGGCGGAGAGGGCGGAGGCAAAGGUUGGAGCGGCGGAGAUGGAGAGUGGUGGCACAAUGAGUGGUCCUCUGGUGGGGAUGAUGAUCACGAGCUCGAGGCCACUUGAUCAUCAUGAUCUUUAUCAAAAUCAAACUAAUAAUAAUAAUAACAGUAAGAGAAAGUGUGGCUCGAACGUGGGUCACGUGGUGUUGAGGCUGUUGUGCAUGCUCACCUCUCUCGCAGCUCUCUCUUUCAUGGUCACAGCUAGCCAGUCUAACUCUAUCUCCAUCUAUGGCUUCCAGUUUCCUAUUCACUCCAAGUGGUCUUUCUCUCACUCCUUCGAGUUUCUAGUUGGGGUUUCAGCUGCAGUAGCUGCUCACUCCUUGCUACAACUACUCAUUAGCGCAUCUCGGCUGCUGAGGAAUUCUCCAGUUAUUCCCUCAAGAAAUCAUGCAUGGCUUAUUUUUGCUGGGGAUCAGGUCUUUGCCUAUGCCAUGAUUAGUGCAGGGUCUGCUGCGUCUGGGGUCACUAACUUGAAUCGCACAGGGAUUCGACAUACAGCUCUACCCAAUUUUUGCAAGUAUUUACAUAGCUUCUGUGAUCAUGUUGCCAUCUCAAUAGCCUUCACUUUUUUCAGCUGCAUCUUGCUUGCCAUGUCUGCCGUCCAGGAUGUAAUAUGGCUUUCCAAGAACUGAAUCACCUUGCUUUCCCACAAACUAGUUAUGCCAUCCUCUAUAGAAAUGACUUACAGGACAUUAUCUGCAUCGUCCUUUCAUUACAAAUGAUCAAUAGUUGGUGUUCUCUCUCUGUAAUUCAGGGCACUUAUUGCUCUUUUGUAAGAAACGAGAUGGUUUUUGUCAAUUGUAAUGGGAAUGUGCUACGGUUGAUUGUUUUAUAGCGCCAGCUUGGGAUGACUCUUGUUUGUAGAUGCUCUAAUAAUAUGUCAAUGUUUAGGUGUGCAAUGUGAGAUAAUCAAACAUCAUACUCAGCCAGUUAA